AUGGCCCGUGCUGCGCGCCAGAGCUACGCGGACUCGUGCGCGGAGGGCGUCUCUGCUUUGUAUUGCUGCAUCCGGCUACGAGGUGUCGGCCCUGGCGUCUUGGACUCGCAGCCGCAAGGGGUGCCCUUCAUCCUGUCGGGCCUUUUUGACUGCGAGCAGAAGGUGUCCGUUGUACAUGGCCACGUCACGCGCAUCAAGGACUAUGCAGAGGUCAUCAAGUCCAAGGAUGAGGUCCUGAUGCAUGCGGGCUUCCGCAGGUUUUCUGCGCGCCCCAUCUACUCGGAGAUUCCCAGGAAGAACUCGAGCAAUAAGAAGUACAAGUUCAUGCGCUUCCUGCACCAAGAGGUGACCGCAUGCGCAUCCUUCUACGCACCAGUUGUGUUCCCACCCUGCCGCCUGCUGAUGUCCGUUCAGCGGGAGGGCGCCGUAGUUCCCGAGCUUGCUGCAGCUGGCAGCGUUGUGAGCGUCGACCCCAAGCAGCUCAUCAUCAAGCGGAUAAUUCUCACAGGCUACCCGGUGAGAACGCAGAAGAACAAGGCUGUGGUGCGCUUCAUGUUCUUCAGCCCUCAAGACAUCCGGUGGUUUAAGCCGGUGGAGCUUUCAACCAAGAAGGGCUUGCGAGGCCACAUCAAAGAGUCCCUCGGCACGCACGGCUACAUGAAAUGCCGCUUCAGCGCGCACAUCAAGCAGGACGAUACGGUCUGCAUGAACCUGUACAAACGCGUCUACCCCAAGUGGCACCCGCCUGCCUGGGGCGGUUCUGCCACGGCGGGACCGGAGGAAGCGUGAGGUGCUUGGUCGCGUCGUCCCCGUCUCACCGAGAUGCCGCCUUGUGAUGCCACAGAACUUUUACCCCGUGCGAAGA